UUCUUGAGUUCUUGUUGCCUUUUUUACUUUUCUUAAUUUUAAAUUGAAUAAACAAAUCACUGUUUUGGAUAAAUUAAUCAUAAUUUUACGAGCAAUUAGCACACCACCAUGUAAAAAGCCAAAUCACGCAACCUCAUAGAAACUUGGAGUCUCUUUCUCUUUCUCUGAAACUUUUGUAAACUGGAGUCUUCGGCGUGGAUUAGAGGUCAUUGCAAAAUUGUGGGUUCCAUCGGAGGUUCAUCAUUAAGAACCAAUUCUUACAUUUCGGUCUUCUCAACCUUUUUCCGCGACAUAAGGUUUCCAUUUCGGAUCGGUUCUCUCUCCCACAGUAGCCCAAGAUUUCUGGGUUUUUUCGAAUCCAGGAUUAUUCGCGACUUUUGUAAAAUUUUUCAUGAUUUGAGAUCCACCCAAUUAAACAUUAUCUCUGUGUUUGAUUCUCUGGAGAUAAGUACUCUCAUUCCUUUUCUUUUUUCGUUGAGAAGGUGCUUCUUUUUCUGUUCAUUUUACUAUUUGUUCUACUUUUGGCGUAAUGAUGGCAUAUUUUGGUUAGCUGGUUCUGAAUUUAAUUUAAUCUUUCAAUUUCUGUUGUCUCCACUAAUUGGCAGCAUAUUCAUCUUGGAUUAGAUGUGUCUUGUGGUUUCUGCAUGGGUAAAAGGGUUGUUUUUUCCGUGCAGCUGUUUUUUGGAUUGAGGACUUCCAAGGUCCUGUCAUAAAAUGAGAAGCGUAAAUCGAUAUGUUCGUCACCUCAGAUCAGCUUUUUCUCAACAAACACGCCAUCAUACUGGCGUUCUUGGACGAGGGCAGAGGCAAAGGCAACUGGUUCAUACCAAUUGUGGGUCUGCUUUUAUUGUCAAAUCUGAUAGAUAUCGAACCCCAGAAGUUUUAAUUUCGAGAGCUCUGUCAGUUGACGCUGCUAAACUUUCUAAUGGAGACUAUAGGGUGGCAGGGCCACUCGUUGAGUAUGAAAGAAGAAUUGCUGCUGGCGAGCUUGUGGAUGGUGAUAGCUGUCAGGUAGGUACUUUGAGGGAACUUCAGAGACUGUACGACGAACUUCUUAAUUCAGCUGAAGCGUGCCGGUUGGAUCGAUAUGCAGUAUCUGAAAAAUCAGGAAGGAGUAGAUGGUUGUGGUCUCGGUUCAUUCCUCAGUCAUCGUACUCUCCGGUUAAAGGCCUAUAUCUCUAUGGAGGAGUAGGCACUGGAAAAACUAUGUUGAUGGACUUGUUUUUUGAUCAAUUACCCAGCAAUUGGAGGAAAAAGAGGAUCCAUUUUCAUGACUUCAUGUUGAAUGUUCAUAGUCGUUUGCAGCGGCACAAGGGUGUUGCUGAUCCACUUGAAGUCGUUGCAGGAGAGAUUUCAGAUGAGGCAAUUUUAUUGUGCCUAGAUGAAUUUAUGGUGACAGAUGUGGCUGAUGCAUUGAUACUAAAUCGUCUGUUUGGACAUCUCUUUAGCAAUGGUGUCAUCCUUGUCGCAACAUCGAAUCGUGCUCCAGAUAAGCUGUAUGAAGGUGGAUUACAGAGGGAUCUUUUCCUGCCCUUCAUUUCCACUUUGAAGGAAAGGUGUGUGACUCAUGAAAUUGGUUCUGCAACUGACUAUCGGAAAAUGACUUCGGCAGAGCGAGGGUUCUACUUUGUUGGAAAGGACUCAUCUAGCUUUCUUAAGCAGAAGUUUCAACAAUUGAUUGGUAAAAGUACAGCUGGUCCACAAGAGGUGGAGGUAGUGAUGGGAAGGAUUCUCCAAGUUCCAUCGGGAGCAAAUGGAUGUGCAUAUUUCCCUUUCGAGGAACUCUGUGACAAACCCCUAGGAGCUGCAGACUACUUCGGGUUGUUUAAAAAAUUUCAUACCCUCGCAUUGGAAGGUAUCCCAAUAUUUGGACUCCACAACAGAACAGCAGCAUAUCGAUUUGUCACUUUGGUUGAUGUAAUGUAUGAAAACAAAGCCAGACUACUAUGUACAGCAGAAGGAAGUCCUCAAGAACUUUUUGAAAAGAUUGUAACCAUCUCUGAUGCUCAACAAAUUGCACCUAGAACCUCGACGAGGUCGAGGAAAAGCGAUGUUUCUGAUCUCUGUGUUGACAAUGAAUUAGGUUUCGCCAAAGACCGCACAAUUAGUAGAUUAACAGAGAUAAACAGCAAAGAGUACCUGGAACAACAUGCUCAACUUGUAGCAGAGAAGCAAAACUGGCAAGGCCACCAUAACCAGGAUGCUUUACAAGCAUGAUUUGUGCUUCUGCAUCUUCCAGAUUAAAGCAUAUAUCAUUUUUGUAACUGCAUUUCACUAUUUUGACUUGCUAAAAUUAUAUAUUUUAGUGACGAGAAAUAAUGACAUGUAAAUUGACAAAUAAUAACAAUAAUUGGUUUCAAGAGGAAAAAAAAAACUUUUCCUUUGUACAAGAGGGUCUUACCCACAUGGUUAGGAUGUAGAUUAGAGAAUGGGAAUCCGAGGGCUUGUUAUUUAUGUUCAGGAGGAAAGAAAUUAAGAGUAAAUGUGGAGGUUGAAAUGAAAUAACAACACCAACUUCAAUUUUUUA